CCAAUAAACACCGAAAAUUUAAAUGUACUCUUUAGGGUUUUCUAAGGAUUAUUUGUGACAACUAAAUCUAAAGUCAGUGUCUAAAGAUUACAAAAAAUUUUAUGAGCUGGCAACAUUGAAUUCGACCGCUGACGCCUGAAGCUAAAUUGAGGUUAGGUUUUUGAUGCAAGUGUGUUGUUUUAACUAAAAAUACUACGUGUUUAAUCACAAAUGAUGCUUGAUGGACAUGAAUUGUAUAAGCAAAAAGCUGAGGUGCACAAUUCUUGUUGUGUGCUGCAGUGUCGAAGCAAAAUAAGACCAUUAUUUGGAUUUCCAAAUCCCAAUAAAUAUUGGGACAGGUUUUGGGAAUGGGUACGAGUGGUGGCUAAUCCAAAACAUGAAAGCAUGUCCGCGGAUUGUAUUUGGAGAACCCAAGAUGUUUGCUACAAACACUUCGUUUCCGAAGAUUUUGUUGGAAGAAAGAAUAAGCUACGAAAAACUGCUGUACCUUCGGUCAAUUUGCCACCCCCUAACCAAAAAAGUUUUUCUGCGAUAAUUGACCAUCCUGCGAAUCAGACAGAUUUGCCAAUCACAAAUGAAUUAGACCACCAUGCGUUCGAUUUUGAAGAAUUACUAGAAAAUGUCAGACCAAUAAAAUUUCUUUUGAACGAGAGUAUUGAUGACCACAACGAAAAUCUUCACAAAUGUUACAAGAUUUUUAGAAGAAACGCAACAGAAGAGAAUGUCAGUGAAAAUACUGCAGUAUCAAUUUUUAGAAGGGCCGCAAUAAAAGAGAUUACCUCUGAAAAUACUGCAGCUUUUGAUAGCAACGAUUUUUCAGAACCAUUGAAUUCUAUAAAGACCAAAAUAGACGAGAAUGCUAGUGCUAUCGCUAGUACUGGUAAAAAUACAUCUAAUUCACUACUAUUGUUAUGGCCGUCAAGCUAUGACAAUUCUCCAGGUGAUGAUAGUUCUAUAAUAAAAGUUCCAGAUGAAAAUGAGAAGCCACAUUUUGCAGCAUUGAAAACUUUUUCGUUAGGUAGAGUUCUUGCAAUAAAAUUGCUUUUUUACUCCACCUGCCCCUGUUUCAGCUACUUGUACUAACCAUGAAAUAUGCCGUCUUUGUUUUCGUUCACUUCGUCAGGAAGAUGUUAUCAAAUUGCAUGAUAAAUUAAAAAAAAAGAUAAAAGUUAUUUUACCAGAAGUAGAUUUAGAUCUGUACACAAAUUCUGUAAUUUGCGUACAGUGCAAAAAAAAAUUAUAUCUCAGCUAUCAAUUCAAACAAACUUCAAUGACAACAGAAGAAAAUAUUAAAAGCAUAAUUGAAAAAAAUAAAGAAACGAAAAGACCAAAUCUCGAUUUAUUCGUGGUGACGAGAUCGCUAGUUGGUGAAACUGUCGUAGAAUAUUUUUCAGAAAAAAGUAGUAUUGGUUUUGAUCAUGACUAUGAUUUAAUUCCUGCAAUUACAUAUGAAUUGGAAGAUGUAAAAAGCAAACUUUGGGAGUCAAAUGAAGAUAAUCAAAAGUUGCAAAAUAAAAAUGUAACACUCUUACAUAACGGCUUAAAUGUGACAACAGAUAAACCCAAACAAAAAUAUAAUAGGAUUACGAGGAAUACGCUUAAGGGAUCUGAGUCUUUUGUUUGUGAAAAGUGCGGUUUCUUCACUAAAAGCAGUGAUUCGUUCGGUCGACAUUUACGACAACACAGACAGAACAAAUGGCCGGAAGGAUUUCCAACGAAGGGAGGGCGACCAAAAAAACCGAAAAUUUGGAAAUGCAACCGUUGUACCAAAGUAUUCGUACAACAUGAUCGUCUGAUAUUGCAUUCGCGAGAACAUCAAACUCCCCACAUAUGCAGGAUAUGCAAUAAACAAUUUAACUUACAAUUUUACUUACGAACUCAUAUUAAAUAUGUACAUCUAAAAGAAUAUAAUUAUCGUCAGUGUCAUUUAUGUGGAAAAAAAUUUUCUCCACGUGGAUUGCACGCUCAUCUGCAGAUGCACAAUCCCACCAAAUUCUACAAGUGUGAUUUUUGUCCCAAAAAAUUUAUUAGGCUUAUAGGACUGAAGAAACAUGUUCGUUGCAGACAUACCGAAUUUGUUCCGUUAAGUUGCCAGUUUUGUGGAAAAACAGUGAAGUAUAAAGAAUCACUAAACAAACAUAUUCAAUUGUUUCAUAUGAAUCAAGGUGAAAAUAUAUGCGAUGUGUGUAAUAAACCGUAUUGGAAAAAAGCCGAUUUGUUGAAGCACAAAAUUCGAAUGCAUGGGGGGUACACCACAAAUAAGGAAAAUCGUGAAGGAUAACUGUUUUCAUAUGUUAUAUCGUUUAUUUUUUUAAUACAUUUUUAAAAAA